AUGUCUAAAAUAGUAUCUCCUUUAUUGUUAAGAUUUAAAAAUAUACCUAAUUAUUUAAAUACAAUACAUAUAAAACUAAAUAAUAAUAAACACUAUUUAACCUAUUUUAAAUUUUUUCAAUUAUUAUUGAAUUUUAUUUAUUUAUUUAAAACAAAGAUAGGUAAAUAUAAAAAUUUUUCAAAUAAAUUAUUAUAUAUUAAUUCGAAUUAUUACGAUUUUUUUAGUGUGCAUAUAUCUUUAAUAUUUUAUAAUUUGAAAAAAAAUAAAGCAUUAUUAUUUUUGUAUAAAAAUAUAAUAAAACUUUCUAAUUAUAUUAAUUAUUUCAUAAAAUUUAAUUUAUAUGCAAGUAAUUAUUUUGUUUUUAUACAUAUGAAAAAAUUAAAAUAUUAUAAAAAUAAUAUUUAUUAUGUUAUAACAUCUAUAAAAAAUUUUAUAGAAAAAAAUAAAAAUUUUAAAGUAAGAAUCAUAUAUUUUAUUAAUUCUUUAUUUAAAUCAGAUAAAUAUAAUAGAAAAAUAAAUAUAAUAGGUGCAAAAUGUCUAUAUUCAGGAUGUUUAUAUAAAAACUCCAAAAAAAAAUCAUUUAAAUACGCAAGAGGAAAUACAUCAUUAUCAUUUGUAAUGUCUAAUGUAGUAUAUGCUAAAAAAAGUGUGAAAACUGACAAUGGUAUGGUAGGUAUCAAAGUUUGGCUAUACAGAUAA